ACACGACCAUCCGUGUCACUCCAGGGACUGAGGAGAGGAAGGGAGGGGUAAAGGGGCAGGGAUGGAGGCCCCCCCCUCCUGAGGUUGCCUAGACAACAUCAGAAAUCAUGGCUAGGGCCUCUUCCGCCUGCGGGGCCUCUGCUUCCUGCAUCAGUCACUCCCGCUGGGGGCGGGGCGGAGGAAGGGGUUGGAUGUGGCAGAGCCAGGCCCAGCUGGUGCGGCUCACACUCCCCCCGCCGUCUCUGCGGCCGGAGCCAUGGCAUCCUAUUCAUCUGGCCCCGGCAAAUCCAAGGCCAAAUAUCCCUUUAAGAAGCGGGCCAGCCUGCAGGCUUCCUCUGCAGUACCAGAGGCUCGGGGUGGGCUGGGGGCCCCUCCGCUGCAGUCUGCCCGAUCCCUGCCAGGCCCUGCCCCCUGCCUCAAGCACUUCCCGCUCGACCUGCGCACGUCUAUGGAUGGCAAAUGCAAGGAGAUCGCCGAGGAGCUGUUCAGCCGCUCCCUGGCUGAGAGUGAGCUCCGUAGCGCCCCGUACGAGUUCCCGGAGGAGAGCCCCAUUGAGCAGCUGGAGGAGCGGCGGCAGCGCCUGGAGCGGCAGAUCAGCCAGGAUGUCAAGCUGGAGCCGGACAUCCUGCUUCGGGCCAAGCAAGAUUUCCUGAAGACAGACAGUGACUUGGACCUCCAGCUCUACAAGGAGCAGCGUGAGGGGCAGGGCGACCGGGGCCUGUGGGAGCGAGAUGUGGUGCUGGAGCGGGAAUUUCAGCGGGUCACCAUCUCCGGGGAGGAGAAGUGUGGGGUGCCAUUCACAGACCUGCUGGACGCAGCCAAGAGCGUGGUGCGGGCACUCUUCAUCCGGGAGAAGUACAUGGCCCUGUCGCUGCAGAGCUUCUGCCCCACCACCCGCCGGUACCUGCAGCAGCUGGCCGAGAAGCCCCUGGAGACACGGACCUAUGAGCAGGGCCCGGACACCCCUGUGUCCGCUGAUGCCCCAGUGCACCCCCCUGCGCUGGAGCAGCACCCGUACGAGCACUGUGAGCCAAGCACCAUGCCUGGGGACCUGGGCUUGGGUCUGCGCGUGGUGCAGGGUGUGGUUCAUGUCUACACCCGCAGGGAACCCGAUGAGCACUGCUCAGAGGUGGAGCUGCCGUACCCUGACCUGCAGGAAUUUGUGGCAGAUGUCAAUGUGCUGAUGGCUCUGAUUAUCAAUGGCCCCAUAAAGUCAUUCUGUUACCGUCGGCUGCAGUACCUGAGCUCCAAGUUCCAGAUGCACGUGCUGCUCAACGAGAUGAAGGAGCUGGCCGCCCAGAAGAAGGUGCCACACCGAGAUUUCUACAACAUCCGCAAGGUGGACACACACAUCCAUGCCUCGUCCUGCAUGAACCAGAAGCAUCUGCUGCGCUUCAUCAAACGGGCGAUGAAGCGGCACCUGGAGGAGAUUGUGCACGUGGAGCAGGGUCGCGAGCAGACGCUGCGGGAGGUCUUCGAGAGCAUGAAUCUCACUGCCUACGACCUGAGUGUGGACACGCUCGAUGUGCACGCGGACAGGAACACCUUCCAUCGCUUUGACAAGUUCAAUGCCAAAUAUAACCCUAUUGGGGAGUCUGUCCUCCGAGAGAUCUUCAUCAAGACCGACAACAGGGUUUCUGGGAAGUACUUUGCUCACAUCAUCAAGGAGGUGAUGUCGGACCUGGAGGAGAGCAAAUACCAGAACGCGGAGCUGCGGCUCUCCAUUUACGGGCGCUCAAGGGACGAGUGGGACAAGCUGGCGCGCUGGGCCGUCAUGCACCGCGUACACUCUCCCAACGUGCGCUGGCUCGUGCAGGUGCCCCGCCUCUUUGACGUGUACCGUACCAAGGGCCAGCUGGCCAACUUCCAGGAGAUGCUGGAGAACAUCUUCCUGCCGUUGUUCGAGGCCACCAUCCACCCUGCCAGCCACCCGGAGCUGCACCUCUUCUUGGAGCAUGUGGACGGCUUUGACAGCGUGGAUGAUGAGUCCAAGCCUGAGAACCACAUCUUCAACCUGGAGAGCCCCCUCCCCGAGGCUUGGGUGGAGGAGGACAACCCACCGUAUGCCUACUACUUGUACUACACCUUCGUCAACAUGGCCAUGCUGAACCACCUGCGCAGGCAGAGGGGCUUCCACACGUUUGUGCUGAGGCCGCACUGUGGGGAGGCCGGGCCCAUCCACCAUCUGGUGUCGGCCUUCAUGCUGGCUGAGAACAUCUCGCAUGGGCUGCUUCUGCGCAAGGCCCCGGUCCUGCAGUACCUGUAUUACUUGGCCCAGAUUGGCAUCGCCAUGUCCCCGCUCAGCAACAACAGCCUCUUCCUCAGCUACCACCGGAACCCACUACCUGAGUACCUGUCCCGCGGCCUCAUGGUCUCACUGUCCACCGACGAUCCCCUGCAGUUCCACUUCACCAAGGAGCCACUGAUGGAGGAGUACAGCAUCGCCACCCAGGUGUGGAAGCUCAGCUCCUGCGACAUGUGCGAGCUGGCACGCAACAGUGUGCUCAUGAGUGGCUUCUCCCACAAGGUGAAGAGCCACUGGCUGGGACCCAACUAUACCAAGGAGGGCCCCGAGGGCAAUGACAUCCGCCGCACCAAUGUGCCGGACAUCCGUGUGGGCUACCGCCAUGAGACCCUGUGCCAGGAGCUGGCGCUCAUCACGCAGGCCGUGCAGAGCGAGAUGCUGGAGACCAUCCCGGAGGAGGCGGGCAUCACCAUGAGCCCAGGGCCUCAGUGAGCCUGGCCCACACAGUGCCCCCGCGUCUCGGCACCUUGACCACGUUCUGUCCUCAGACCCCUCCCACCCUGUUGUGGUCUCUGCAUGUGUCUGUUCUUCUUUGUUCUGUCCUGCAUGUCUCUACCUGUAUCUGUGCCACCCAGGGAAAAUGGUGCCCAGGAGCCGCUUUACCCUUGUCUUGGCUCAGGUGGCACCCGAUGGCCCAGGUUUGAGGUCUGCCCUACUGGUGGACCUGUCCCAGGAUCCUCUGAAGGCUGGCUGUCCUGCGGGCAUCUGUGUGUCCACAGAGCCAGGGAUGGUUGUGGCGGUCUGGCCCCUCUGGCCCUUGGGGUCCUGGCUUGGGCAAAUUUGAGCUUUGGCUGGGGCUGGAGUUUGGGCCUCCGUCUUGCUUAUGUGGCUGGGGGGCAGUCAGGUGUGGCCUGUACACGUGUGUUGUGGGCACGGGCUGCCAGGGAUCUGCAGCAGGUAGAAUUGGCUGAGUCACAGCCCUGGCUGCCUGGGCUCAGGCCCCGGAGGUGCUGGACCACCACCUCCGCCAAGUCACUGCCCAACAGCUUUCACCGUCCUUCCUCUGGUCCAUGUGCUCCCCUGGUGUCAGCUUCCUGUGCCUCUGUGGGAGGGGGCAGCUGCCCUGUGCUGUGUCUGGGGCCAUUGCAGCGGGAGGGUCCUGGAUCUGCCACCAGCCCUGAGGAUAGUAUCCCUACUAUGGUCCCCAGAGUUUUGACCAGACCUGGAUCCCACCUGGUCCCCUGUGUUGUGUUCUGGACCGAGGCCUUUGCUAUGAAGUGCAGUGUUUCAUACAAUCCCAUCUUUCCUAGUGCAUGACAAAUAAAGAUUAUUUAAGUAAUGAG